UUUUGUCAAAUUCCAUAUUUUGACCUAUCCCACCCGCCACGCAUCACAAAUCGCACGUGCUGCCUAACUAAGCUAAACUGCUAAUAAGUGCUAAAGAUCAAACUCACGCGCACCCCUUUCAUCGGCGCGUCCCUUUCUCUCUCUCUAGAAACCAUGUCCUCCACCAGUCUCCUCCGCCUCUCUCUCUCCCCUCACAACUCAACUCUCCACCGCCGCCACGAACUAUCUCCACUCUACCACCAACGACGUCGUUCGCCGCUCCCACAUUCGCCGAAAUUGCGUGCAUUCAGCCGGAUAUCCUCGAAAGCGGUCGGGUUUACAUCUCCGGGAGAAUUCCAGCUGCAGGAGAAGACAGCUCUGGAAGAGGCCGACACGACUGUGCUGCUCGAUGUGUCCGGGAUGAUGUGCGGCGCGUGCGUGGCGCGAGUCAAAUCGGUCAUCUCCGCCGACGAGCGCGUUGACUCGGUCGUGGUCAACAUGUUGACUGAGACCGCUGCGAUCAAGCUGAAGGAAGGAGCCGGAGUAGACUUCUCCCGCGCGGCGGAGGAGCUAGCGGAGAGAGUGUCGGCGAGCGGAUUCGGUGCGCGGCGGAGGGCGUCGGGGGAGGGGGUAGAGGCGAAGGUGCGGAAGUGGAGGGAGACGGUGGAGAAGAAGGAGGCACUGCUCGUGAAAAGUAGGAGCCGGGUGGCGUUUGCUUGGACUCUGGUUGCUCUGUGUUGCGGCUCUCACGCGUCUCACAUUUUGCAUUCCGUGGGAAUUCAUGUCGGCCAUGGAUCAAUCUUGGAUAUUCUGCAUAACUCAUAUGUGAAAGGUGGUUUGGCUCUGGGCUCUCUUUUGGGACCUGGACGAGACCUGCUUUUUGAUGGAUUGAAGGCCUUCAGAAAGGGUUCGCCAAAUAUGAACUCUCUCGUUGGUUUUGGAUCAAUAGCUGCAUUUGCAAUAAGUACGGUCUCGCUUUUCAACCCCGAACUUCAGUGGAAUGCUGCCUUUUUUGAUGAACCGGUCAUGCUUCUUGGUUUUAUCCUACUAGGGCGUUCACUUGAAGAAAGAGCUAGGAUCAAGGCAUCCAGUGACAUGAAUGAGCUGUUAUCACUUAUAUCAACUAAAUCAAGACUUGUAAUUGCUCCUGGGAGUGAGGUCUCUGAGGACAGUGUUCUAUGUUCUGAUGCAAUGUGCAUUGAAGUUCCUACGGAUGACGUUCGAGUUGGUGACUCAAUCUUGGUCUUACCUGGAGAAACAGUGCCUGUAGAUGGAAAGGUCCUCGCGGGUCGAAGUGUUGUGGAUGAAUCCAUGCUUACUGGUGAAUCUCUUCCCGUAUUCAAGGAAAAGGGCAAUUCUGUUUCAGCAGGAACAGUUAAUUGGGAUGGUCCUCUGAGGAUAGAGGCCUCUUCAACCGGUUCAAAUUCAACGAUAUCGAAGAUUGUUAGCAUGGUUGAGGAUGCUCAGGGACGUGAAGCACCUAUUCAAAGGCUUGCAGAUUCAAUAGCUGGGCCUUUUGUUUAUAGUGUCAUGACACUUUCAGCUGCCACAUUUGCUUUUUGGCAGUAUAUUGGAACUCAUAUCUUCCCUGAUGUGUUGCUUAAUGAUAUAGCUGGGCCAGAUGGAAAUUCUCUUCUAUUGAGCAUGAAGCUCGCUGUGGAUGUUUUGGUUGUUUCUUGCCCAUGUGCUUUGGGCCUUGCAACACCAACGGCAAUUCUAGUUGGCACAUCACUUGGAGCAAAACAGGGACUUCUUAUAAGAGGAGGAGAUGUACUAGAGCGCUUGGCCGGGAUAGACUACAUCACCUUGGAUAAAACAGGAACUCUCACUGAAGGAAGACCUGCUGUGUCAGCUGUUGCAUCCAUCGUACAUGAAGAAUCAGAAAUACUUCAAAUUGCCGCCGCAGUGGAAAAAACAGCUUCACAUCCACUUGCAAAUGCUAUUAUAGCUAAAGCCCAAUCAUUGGAUUUGAAUAUUCCUAGUACAAGGGGUCAAUUAACCGAACCAGGUUCGGGAACCUUGGCAGAGGUAGAUGGGCUUUUAGUGGCAGUUGGAAAAUUAAGUUGGGUUCAAGAGCGCUUUCAGCAAAAAACAAGCUUAUCCGAUGUGAAGAGACUUGAGCAGUCUGUGACACGUCAAUUGUCAACAGAAGGCUUAUCCUCAAACCACUCGAGAACGAUUGUCUAUGUUGGUAGAGAAGGAGAAGGCAUCAUUGGUGCUAUUGCAAUAUCAGACAAUUUGAGACGUGAUGCCGAAUCUACAGUAACUAGAGUUAGUUUGCAGAAAGCCAGAACCAUUGGUUAUCAUUACUGUUUUCUGAUAGAUAAAAAGAUAUCUGAGAAUUUCGAUUAUCAAAUGGUGAAAGCUUGGUAUCCUUAUAAGAACCGUAGGCAUAUCUACAGAGUUACUAAUUUAUAUUUCUCUCUAAAUUUUGAAAGGCUUCAGGGGAAAGGAAUUCGUACAGUCCUCUUGUCAGGGGACAGGAAAGAGGCAGUUGCAACUGUAGCAAAGAUAGUCGGAAUAGAAAAUGAAUUUGUGAAUAGUUCAUUAACACCACAGCAGAAAUCUGGGGUUAUUUCACGUCUCCAAGCGUCAGGCCACCGUGUUGCUAUGGUUGGCGAUGGCAUUAAUGAUGCACCCUCCCUUGCUCUUGCUGAUGUUGGGAUUGCAAUGCGAACUGAAGGACAGGAAAAUGCUGCAUCAAAUGCAGCAUCUAUUAUACUCUUGGGAAAUAGACUGUCACAGGUGGUAGAUGCAAUCGACCUUGCAAGAUCAACAAUGGCCAAAGUUCGUCAAAAUCUGACGUGGGCAGUUGCGUAUAAUGUUAUUGCAAUCCCCAUGGCAGCUGGGGUGCUGCUUCCCCAAUUUGAUUUUGCCAUGACGCCUUCUCUUUCAGGCACGGGGAAUGAUGGCCUUGAGCUCGAUAUUUGUAGUCACAAACUCACUGCUUCUGCAGUUUCACGGGACUCAGAAGAAGAAUGAAAAGAGCAAAGCCGACGUUUAUUCUCAAUAGACAAUAAAUAAUUAUUCUGCAUUCGUUCGAAUAACGAUGAAACACAAGGACUGAAGAAGUUUAUAGAGCUAUCCCACAAUAAUGUGCCCUGCACAGAUAGGAAUACGGGAAUUUCUCUUUUGCUAAAACGAAGGUGCAGCCCUUAUAUGCAAUUGGAAUUUCGAACCCACUUGGUAUACAAAAUGUGAAAUAUUAAUGGAGUGAAUAAAAUGGAUAUAGUAGGAUUGCAUGUGUGUUAUAUAUUGUUAAGAUUGUAUAUCUGCUAGACAACUUUGAUUUUAUGCCCUAAGAUCUUGGUGGGUCUUGUUUUAAGCAGUUGCUAGUCUUGAUGUUGUAACAAUUUAUAAAUGUUAAGAAUGUUGGGAAGAUGAUGAUUCUUGUAAGCCUUAAAAGCUAUUUUUAGCUCAAUAAAAUGGGGUUUCAAGUUUCUUGGAUCAAACAAUCAAAGACAUAUUUAUUUGUAGGCCAUUUCGCAUGGUGACU